AUGUUGUGCGCGCAGUUCCACCACGACGUCGCGCGGAGCGACGACGACCCCGGCCCUCGAUGCGGUCACACGCUGACGUGCGUCCCCGCGGACGGCGGCGGGCAGCGCCUGAUCGUCUUCGGAGGCGCGACCGCGCUCGAGGGCGACGGCCCGAACGGCAGCACGAGCGGGAUACGCCUCGCCGGCGCGACGUCCGACGUGCACUCCUUCGACGUGCGAUCCGGGAUUUGGACCAAGAUCGAAGCCUCGGGCGAGGGCCCGUCCCCUCGCGCGGCGCACUCCGCGGCGGCGGUCGGCAACAUGAUCGUCGUCCAAGGCGGCAUCGGCCCCGCGGGGCUCGCGUCGGAGGACCUCCACGUCCUCGACCUGCAGGGCGCGCCGCGGUGGCACCGCGUCGUCGUCCGCGGUCCAGGCCCUGGACAGAGAUACGCGCACGUCGUCGCGUUCGUCGCGCAGCGAUUCUUGGUCGUCCACGGCGGGAACGACGGGUCGAAACUGCUGGGCGACGCGUGGUGCCUCGACACGACGUCCAAGCCGUACGAGUGGAGCAAGAUGAACCCGACGGGCGACGUCCCGCCGCCCCGCAUGUACGCCGCCGCCGCGCCGAGGGCGGACGGGCUGCUUCUCCUGUGCGGCGGCCGCGGCGCGGACAGCGCGCCGCUCGCGGACGCGUUCGGUCUGGCGCGUCACCGCGACGGGCGGUGGGAGUGGGCGGCCGCGCCGGGGGAGGCGCCGACGGCGCGGUAUCAGCACAGCGUCGCGUUCAUCGGCACGCGGCUGCACGUGUCCGGCGGCGCGCUGGGGGGGGGCAGCAUGGUCGACGACGCGUCCUCGCUCGCGGUGUUGAACACGUCCGCGGGGCCGAGCGCGGGGUGGUCGUUCGUGACCGCGUCGGGGGAUAACAAGGGGAGCAAGGCGGCGUGCGCGGCGGCGUCUCGGCGGUGUCGGCACGCCGUCGCCGGCGUCGGGCCGCUCGUGUUUUCGUGCGGCGGGUUGCGCGGCGGCAAUCUCCUCGGCGACAUGUACGUGUCCGAGGAGUCCUUGAGCGAGAGCGGGAUGACGCGCGCGGAGGCGCUCGCGGCGCUGAGCGAGGUGAUCGACACGACGACGACGACGACGCGCGCGACGUCGUCGGACGCGAGCGGGAAGAAGAACGGCGGGAAGAACCAAUCUAAUCGGACCGGCGGGUUCGGGACGCCGCUCGGGGGUUCCUUCGCGGUCGACUCCCCCGGGAGCGACGACGGCUCGCCGCCGAACAUCGGCGCGGCGUCGCUCGCGAAGCUCUCCUCGGACGAAGCCGAAGCCGCCGUCGCGCUCGCGGAGCGCACGUCCGUGUCCUUAGACUCCCCGCCCGAAGCCUCCGGCGGCGGAGCCUCCGCGCGCACGCCGUCUCCCGGGUCCGUGUCUAAGCGAGCGAAUAGCACGGGUGCCCGGACGCGGGGGACGCCCGGGACGGACGUGCGGCUGCAUCACCGCGCGGUCGUGGUCGCCGCGGGCGCGGACUCGAGCGGAGGGUUGGGGUCGCUGGUCCGGCAGCUGUCGAUCGAUCAGUUCGAGAACGAGAACAAGCGGAUCGGUCCGGGGAGAAAAACGCCGGCGAUGAUGGACCCCGGGUACGGCACCCCCGACGGGAGAGGCGGGUUCGACGCCGAGGACGACGGCGCGGACGACAGCGUGCACAAGAAAGUUCUCGCGGAACUUUUGCACCCGCGGGCGUGGGAGCCCCCCGCGGACCGGUCGUUCAUCCUAGACGCCGCGGAGAUCGACGAGCUGUGCGCCGCCGCGGAGGAAAUAUUCGCGAAGGAGUCCACGGUUCUGCGCUUGAGAGCGCCGACGAAAAUUUUCGGCGACCUGCACGGGCAAUUCGGGGAUCUGAUGCGUCUGUUCGCGGAGUACGGCUCGCCGUCCACCGCGGGGGACAUCGCGUACAUCGACUACUUGUUCUUAGGAGAUUACGUCGACCGCGGGGCGUUCUCGCUCGAGACGAUGUCGCUGCUCCUCGCGCUGAAGGUGGAGUACCCCGAGAACGUGCAUCUGCUGCGAGGAAACCACGAGGAGGCGGACAUCAACGCGUUGUUCGGUUUCCGGAUCGAGUGCAUCGAACGCCUCGGCGAGGAAGCCGGAUCCAUCGCGUGGAACCGCUUCAACACGAUGUUCCAGUGGCUCCCGCUCGCGGCGGUGAUCGAAGACCGCGUCGCGUGCAUGCACGGCGGCAUCGGGCGGUCGAUCACGCACAUCUCGCAGCUCGAGGCGCUCGAACGUCCGCUCACGAUGGACAGCGGCGGGAUCACGCUGAUGGACGUCCUCUGGUCCGACCCGACGGAGAACGAUAAGAUCGAGGGUCUGCGACCGAACGCGCGCGGUCCCGGGCUCGUGACGUUCGGCCCCGACCGCGUCCGGAAGUUUUGCGAGACGAACGAUCUGCAGAUGAUCAUCCGCGCGCACGAGUGCGUCAUGGACGGCUUCGAGCGGUUCGCCGGCGGGUUGUUGAUCACCGUGUUUAGCGCGACGAAUUAUUGCGGCACCGCGAACAACGCGGGGGCGAUUCUCGUCUUGGGGCGCGACCUGACGCUGUAUCCGAAGAUGAUCCACCCGCUCCCGCCCGCGGCGUUGUACGGGAUGGAGGAUGAGGACGAGGAGAUGCUCGGGUCGUGGCAGAUGGGGUUGAAUCGCGACCGGCCGCCGACGCCGCCGCGCGGGCGGUCGCAGCCGUUGGGCGCCGCGCCCGCGGGUGGGAGCGGCGGGCCCCGGCCGGGGUUGAAGUUUUUCUCGUGACGACGCGCGGCGACGGCGACGGCGCGCGCGCGCGUCGAUUGUUAACAAUUGAGUUGAUUCUUU